ACAAAAAUCGAAUGGUGCAGUGAAGUAGCUGAGGAAGCUGCUCCAGAACUGGCUUCAUUGAAGAAGGCCUCGGUUGACACUUGACACCAGGUAGCUGUCCCUCUAUCCAUCCCCUUUACUUCGUCUCCCAACUCAACCAUUCUCCCUGUGUCAUCACCAGCAACAGGAAGAUGGGCUCGUUAGAUGCCACACGAGCGGAACUCGGCCUCGUUGUUCUGUACCUGAACAAAGCCGAGGCUAGGGACAAGAUCUGCAGGGCGAUUCAGUAUGGCUCAAAGUUCAUAAGCAACGGGCAGCCCGGCACCGCGCAGGAUGUCGAUAGAUCGACCACCUUGGCUCGAAAAGUUUUCCGUCUCCUCAAGUGGGUCAAUGAUCUUCAUGCUCUUAUCAGCCCGCCUGCUAAAGGGACUCCUCUCACACUUGUCCUUCUUGGCAAGUCCAAAAACGCGCUGCUUUCGACGUUCUUAUUCCUGGAUCAAUUUGUGUGGUUAGGACGAACAGGAAUAAUCAAGAACAAGGAGGCGACGGACCGGGUUGCCAGGAUAUCCCUCUACUGUUGGAUGGCUUCUUCUGCCUGCGCUAGUCUAGUGGAGCUUGGAGAGCUUAAGAGGCUAUCGAAAUCGAUGAGGAAGCUUGCAAGAGAGCUGAGGCACACUGAUAAAUACGAGAACGAACAGUACCAGAACAAAAUGAAGCAGUCGGAUGAGCGGCUCCUGGCCCUGGUGAAGGCGGCCAUGGACGUGGUCGUGGCCAUCGGGCUUCUUCAGCUGGCACCCAAGAAGGUCACCCCCAGAGUGACGGGAGCUCUCGGAUUCGUCACCUCGCUCAUCUCCUGCUAUCAGCAACUCCCUUCCCGUGGCCCCGUGGCCAAAGUCAAGGCGUGAGAUGGGUCCGGGUCCUCCCUACUAUGGAAGUAGCCGUCGCUGGAAAUUGAGGUAGCUAUACUUGAGCAUGCAUGGACCACGUGGCUCCUACAUCUGCGCUGGCUUUCUUCAAAUAAAAAACAUCUGCGCUGGCCAUGGCUGCUCCGAUCCGAGCAGGGGUUUUGAUUCAUUUCAUGCAGAAUAAUGGAGCUCACAUGUACCAGGGCGUUGUACGUUGUCAAAUCAUCGAUCAAACAUGGCGUCUGAUAUCUGAAGUAGUACAUGCGAGAGCCAACAUUCGCAAAAGGAAAAAAAAAUUGCUACUAUUUUACAGCUCCAUAUAUAAAUCUAACACGAACACCUGCACAGCUCCAUUUCAUCGACA